GUUAUCGUUGUGUUUGACAGUUUGUUUGUUUAUGUUGUCUACCAUCGUGUUUCACAUUUCGUUUCCUCAAUAUUUUAGAAACAAAAAAACAUGUCUGCUACUCCGGAUCGGCAAAGUAUUACCUCCUAUAAACUCAAAUCCCCACGGACUCCAACAUCGCCAGGAAAUGUGGCAACUUUAAGAAUACAGGAGGCUAUUGCGAGCAUAAUAGAGCUACACCAAAAAUGGAUACAAGCUGCAGACAAAGGAAUCUCAUACUGUAAUGCGAUAAGAAACACGAAGAAAAACAUCCUGCCACAAUCUGCAACAACAGAUCCGGAUCCUUAUCCCGAGAACUUACAAUUGUAUUGUAAAAAUCUGAUGGUGAUGGUUACAAUAAUGGAAGAUGUCAAAACAAAUGCCUUGGUGGCUAUGGCGAAAAUCAAAUCCUUGAACGAGUUUUUCGCCCAUCACGAUGUAAUUGGUUGCACAUGGAACUACCGCAAAACGCUAGACGCCGUUGAACAAAUCAUUUCAUCAUACACGAGGGAAAUUAAUCUUCGAAAGUUUGUGGCAGAACAGAUCGGGCACUCUACAACGCUUGACCAUCUGACGUACGUUGCAAUCAGCUGGAACCACGGUAUUGACAUCGAACGAGAGAGAGAAUCGAUUAUUAGAAUGAUGUCUUUUGAAUACAAAUUCACAUCAUAACUAAACAAUCAAACUACGAUACGAUUACAGACUGUGAUACAUAGUGCACGCUGAAACAAGCAUAGAUCGAUUGCAAUAAUGGAUACAUGAUAAUGGGAAUCUUUAUUGACUUAUGGUACUAUUAUCACACAAAUAAACCCAAAUAUAAGGCAGGAUUACAUCCGUGAUCAUAUGUACAUUCAGUUCCCCAGAAUCGGUUGGAUAUUUUCCUUAUGCUCCUAUCGACCGAGUGCUAAUGUAAAUAAGGUUUCCUAGCUACAAUUCCUUUAUCUUUGCGUAAACACUAUUACGACUGUUAGAAACGAUAGAAAUCCUCAACUAUGUUGGGAGUGUUGAGCAUGAUUUAAGUAUAAAUACGCUGUCUUCUUACGAACAUCGUUCGCUUCAAUUAUGGCAUCGCUAAUACUGUACAGCAUUUUAGUUGAGUGCUGCAGACACCUACGUUCUAUCGCUCUUCGGGAUUUGAUAUAUAACUAGAACAUUUCUGUGCAGGAAACGGAAGCUUACAAUUUAAGAAAUACGAACACAGCCAUGAUUUCUGUGUUUUGCUUAUUGUUUCCUGAUUUAGAAGGACAGGAAACUUCAACGCAAAACAUUAUAGAAAGUUCGUUAUAUUCGUGAUAAAGCUAAACGCAUCCCGGUAGUUCAGUUAGUACUGCGAGAUGUUCGUUCGUCAGAUGAAAUACUUGUGCCACAGACGACUGGUUCUGCGUAGGGAGGUGGUUUCUCGGAACACAUUUUUUCAUCGCACACGGUAAUAGAACAGUCUAGUAUUUGGCUACCUUCAGUGCUUUGAACGGUUUCAGUACAAUUACUAUUACUCAUUGUAUGGGAUGAGCUGGGAUGUACUGUAGGGAUGUAAUUAAUGUUCGCAUUACUGCUGACAUUUGCGUUCGAUGCUAUUGACAAGUGUAAAAGAGCGGCAGGAUCAAGCUUGAUCGCAUCGUCGUAGCUUGGUGGGGCGGCAGCUACAGUGUCGUAGUCGGGAGGCUUUUCACGCCUUCGUUCAUCAUUAGCACUAAUGACGUGAACAGGAUCAUCGCCCUUGAAAUUUAAGAGGAAACCAUAAAUUUUACUUAUAUUCAAUCGCAUCUGCAUCGCUAUCGCACUUACCUCGUCACCAUUCGUUCCCGAUCGACCGGGUGUGUGAAGCCAACAACACAUUGCAGUACAUAUGAGACAGGCACCUGCUGCAAAUAGGCGAAUCAAAUAUUAUGAUAUAAAAAACGAUAAUAACCAAACUUGCUGGAGGUAUAAUUGAUGCAAGUAACUACCUAAAAUACAUGCAACUCCCGCGUAUCGUACUGGUUCUGAAUAAUUUUCGGCCAGACCCAACCAAUUCACCAAUGCGCCAACACAUAACAGCAUCAUCCCAUAGCGAUAUGGUCGCUGGGUUCGACGUGUUUCUUCUAGUGACAUGACUGAAAACAUAAAAAAA